AUGGCGAGAAAGACCCGACAGGCUGGCGAUUCGGCCAGCGAUGGUUUCUUCGGCCCGAAGCGCUGGAGUGGUCGAACCCUGGCCAUUGCCGGUGCUUGGCUAGCCUUGCUGGCUUAUUCAAUACUUCUGGCGCCCGGGAAGGGUCCCGAUGAACGGGUGGCCGAUCAGGCGCUCAUACAGCAGCUUUUCUCCACGCCCUUCGACGGCUCGGUGGACCCACUCUUUUGCUGCAUCUUCAACAUGCUAGGCAUUUGGCCUGUGAUCUACGCUGCCACGUUGCUACCGGGAUCCGACCGUCAGUCGCCGGUGCCGGCUUUCCCGUUCGUGGCUGGUUCCUUCUUCCUGGGUGCCUUUGCACUCAGCCCUUACUUGGCGCUGCGCGAGCACAGGGCUGUCGCAGGUGCAUCGGGAGAACUCGAUUGGGUCACGGCGAAUAUCCUGGAGAAUCGGCUAACGGCCGUGGUCCUCCUUGCGUUUGCCACCUAUUUGGCACUUUUUGCGGUGGGAAAUGGAGUCAUCGGUGGCUUCUCACCUACGGAAGCAUUGGCUGGCUUCGCCCCGGUUUUCGGCAGUAGUCUGACUGCCCACGUGUCCAGCCUGGACUUCAUGGUGCUUUGGAUGUUCUUCGGGCCCGUGCUGUUGGAAGAUGGGCGCCGGCGAGGCGUCUUCCUUGGCAGCCCUGACUCAUGGAGCACAGGGAGCAAGGCCCAGUUUGCGCUUUCAGCCCUGCUGCCGGUUUUCGGUGGCCUGGCCUGGCUGCUGAGCCGCCCACCGCUACCAAGUCAGCGGGCCUGA